GCUCUGCUUUUCCUGUCUCUACCCCUCGCAUUAAUAACUGUCUGGCACUCAUCUGUGUGGACCAGCGUGCCACCCUGUGCCACUUCAAGGACACCUCUAUCCGCUGUGUGUUUCUGCGUGAAUCAUGUCAAGUUAGUCAAUUACUUUCUGCUCCAUGGAGCUCACCGGAGUUAAAGUGACGUCUCCACUGCCUGCAAUCUCCCUCCCUCCAUCCUCUCCCUCUCUCUCCCUCUCUUGUAUCACUUAAUCAAGACAUACUGUAGCUUGCCCUUUCCUGUUCACCGCUGCCUCCCUCCCUGCUACCCUAUUUGUUUGCCCUCGUCUUCUCCUCUUUGGCUGUUUCGCGUCCACCCUCCCUGCCUCGUGAUCCUCGUCGCCCUCCGUUUAAGCAAACUCCACACCAGCAAGGCAGCAAGCAAGGACAUGCAGCAGAGAGGUCAGUGAGGAGGAGGAGGAGGAUGACAGCAGAAGAAUAGGAAACGGACAAGGAGGGAUGAGAAAGAGACUGAAGUAAGAGGAGGAAGUGGAACUCCAAAGUGCCUACUGCGAGGGUACGUCUGCCGAGUCUGCUGGAUUACAGCGGGACGGUGUGUGUCUGGCCUUGAAUGGAGGCUGUAUUUUAUCCUGACAGCCACAGAGUCAUCCAUCCCACAUUGCUGAGCUGCAGUCCCAGCAUACCCUGAGCUGAGCAGCCACUUCGUCUCAUCAUUACAAGGACAUCUCCGUGUAAGACUGUCUGUCUUUUUUUUUGUUUUAUUUUUGUUUUGUUCUUGUUUUUUGUUUUGCUCUAAAGAAAUCUUUAGUUUCCUUGUCAGGCUGCCCAAAUAUAACUAAAGUAGAACUACAGUGAAUGCCCCAGCCUGGCCAUGUUGACGUGAAUGUAGUGGUGAUUUACAGCGGGCUGAUACAGGUGAAUGCACACACUCGGCGACUCUGCGAUCCAAGCGACAUGCCAGAGUGAUGCCCUCAGAUUAGUUUCCUUUUUUUCUUCCUUUUAUUUUUGAGACAGAGCUGGCCUCUGCUCGCAGUCAAGCCCCUCUAUAUAUCUCACUGCAGUGAGACUUCAGCUGCCACUUUUCCCAGGAAGAACUAAUAAACAUCCCCCAAAAUACACCAACCAAAAGGACUCGCUGCCUAUUUGCACUGAGGAGAAACCGAAAAUAUUUUUGCUUCUGUUUCCUCUGUGUUGUGCUGGGGGAUUUUUUGUCUUGAAUCACCAUUAGUCACCCUUGCUCUCAUCAGACAGUUUUCCGUCAGUUUGCCCACCGCCGCUGCACAGCGUCUGCGAGCGUCUCUGAUGGCUGUCAGCAUGACCAUGGGACGAGACACCAAAUGGCUGACCUUGGAAGUGUGUCGUGAGUUUCAGAGAGGCACCUGCUCGCGGUCUGACGCUGAGUGUAAGUUUGCACAUCCCUCACGGAGCUGCCAUGUGGAGAACGGCCGAGUCAUCGCCUGCUUUGAUUCGCUCAAGGGGCGUUGCACACGCGAGAACUGCAAAUACCUGCACCCACCUCCGCACCUGAAAACCCAGCUGGAAAUCAAUGGGAGGAACAACCUGAUCCAGCAGAAGGCCGCGGCAGCCAUGUUGGCUCAGCAGAUGCAGUUCAUGCUGCCUGGAACACAACUGCAGCCCAUAACAACAUUCCCAGUGACACCCUCUCUGGCAACGAGUCCCAGCAUGGCAUUCAGUCCAUAUCUGAGCCACAUGGGCCCAGCGAUGGGUUUGAUGCCUGAGCUGCUGCCCAGCACUCCCCUGCUCGUCCCCGGGAGUCCUACCGGUCUGGCAGCCAUGGGAAAUGGCACCUCCGCACAAAAACAUGUGCGCACAGACAAGCUGGAGGUUUGCAGAGAAUUCCAGCGCGGGAACUGCACGCGAGGUGAGAACGACUGCCGCUACGCUCACCCCCUGGAGGCGGGCAUGGUGGACUGCAACGAGAACUCGGUCAUUGUCUGCAUGGACUAUAUUAAAGGCCGCUGCAGCCGAGACAAGUGCAAGUACUUCCACCCUCCAGCUCACCUGCAGGCCAGAAUCAAGGCUGCACAGCACCAAGCCGGUCAAAACACCCCGUCCUCAGGCUUGGGUCUGCCCCCGGGGGCUGUGCAGCCGCUACCAAAGAGGCCUGUCUUAGAGAAGAGCAACGGAGCUGCUGCCACCGUCUUCAAUCCCAGCAUGUUCCACUACCAGCAAGCCCUGGCUAACAUGCAGCUCCAGCAACCAGCCUUUAUCCCCACUGUAGACCCCUCGGAGCUUCUGACUUCAGAUCCGGUGGAGCUCCAGUGCAUUCCCAUGGAAACCCAUUUCUGCCCCGUCCCCAAACUGCUGGUGGCAGCUCCUGUGGCACUAAACUCAGUAAGCCUUUCCCGAAACCCCAGUUAAAGUCCCAUAAACCCCGAGCACUGCAGCAAACAUGUGCCUCGCCCACAGUGCACACCGACUGAUAUCAUGUUGUGAACGUAAGAGAGCUGCGAUGGUUCAUGCAAUACAGACCCGGACGUAUUACCGUUGCUUUAAAGCAGCCACCCUGAUGCAUACUGACUCGAUCGGGGCGAGCAAUAGAGCUCCCUCGUCCUUACAGCCAUACAUGCCCACACCUUAAAAGUGCAGCACAUGUGCGCACACAUAAACACACACACACACAUAUAUAUUCAAGACUAAAUGCCCUUUAUGGGUCGGAGCCAUCACAUGAGGCCACCCAACACAUUUGACUGUUCCAAAGUAAGAAACUCUGAGAAGUUCAUUGUAGAAAAUUCAGACGGACCAGCUCCAACCAUGACGGGCUGUCAAAGUGAAAGAGUGUUUCAUAUCAUGUCACGUUUACGUUUCAAGAUGAGUGCAAAUGUGACAUUUGUGUUGUACGACGUGUACCGCUCAGUCUGUCAUCAUGGUCUCAUUUUGCCUGGUGAUACGUCAGUAAGGGGUUGUUGUUCAUUUGUUUGUGCCUUUGAUUUUUUCUGCUCAGCUGCAGAGGAGACUUAGUGUCCCAAAAAUAAUUCAAAGAAGAAUUAGUUACGUAAAUAGAGUGUAUUAGCCUGUAGCUGCUAUUGGGAUAAAGUCUACUGGUUACAGCAAAUGCCUCUUAAAAUGUAUAUUAGAGUUUCUUAAAUGCAAUGAAUGAUUCGCCCCCCCCUGUUUUAUUGAAAAAUGUAGACUGGGUGAAAGUAACUUAGUAUGUAAUUACUUCUUAUAAAGAAGAUGGGAUGAGGGAUAUCUUUAGGAUGUGUUAAAUAAACUGCCUUAAAGCAGCUGAGGUUAUGUUCUCUAUGUAAGGGCCCCUCUCUGUAUAGUACUCUCCAGUAAUAGACCAGACAGCUCCAAUCGUCAAAACUGAUAAACCUGAGCUGUGAAGUUUCUUGAAUCGUGAUUUCCGAUCAGUGAUUGUGUUUCUUUUGUGAUGGGUAGCUGUGUAACGACUAAAAAAGGAAAGGUUCAUCCUGUUUCCUCUGUGAUUUGAAACCUGAACACUCUUUGAAACCGAUUCUGUGUGUGUUCAGCUCGCCUGUAAAUGCCACUUAAACUUUUACACCUGAUGUCAGUUAUUGCACAAGAUGGAAGCGAGAUCGGUUUCCUUUUGUUGUGCCUAAAGUCUGCGGUAUAUGCAAGGAACUGCCCGUUUAAUGCAAUAUCUGGAUAAAUCCUCCAAAUAAAUGUUUCCCUCUCUAAUGCAGAGAUGUAUUUCAAAAGGCUGUUUGUUUAAUGUGGCUUUUGGACUAAAUAAGUGGCACAAGAUUUUUAUGUUUUAUGGUUCUGCAGGGAGAAAGCUUCGAACUUGAAAAUGUCCUGUCUGACUUUAAAAUGUCAUGUCUUUCUACUGCUGUCCUGUUUGUCAAAAAUGACGAGACUCUAAAUAUUCUUAUAACCAGAAUCAAGUUGUAGAAAAGGAUGAACAAUUCUCAUGCUUGAUGUCUGAUGGUGAAAAAAAAAUUGGGGGGGACUUUCAAGUGUGUAAGGAAUUGCUUUGUAGGUGUAUACAAAAAAAUGAACUUAACAGCUUUGGAAACUGGGCUGAAAUCACUUAUAUCCAAAUUCAAAUGUGCCUCUUUCAAGUCUCCUCAAACAAAACUGUCAGUACACUGUAAGACCAGACCAGUGCUCAAAGACAGAUGUGUUAUUUGGUACAUUAUUAUAAUAUGAAAUCACAUUUGUAUCAGUUUCUUCUCUGAGACAGCUGUGCUGUCUUACUGUCAAUGUAAGGAAAUAAAUCAGAGAGUUGUGUGCAUA